CAUUCACAAACAUGAAAUAAAUUCCACAACUCCAAUCCUAAACUUCGUUUUCUUUUACUCUUAAUUUUUUUUUUAAGUUCCGUAAGAGAAUUUUCCGUUACUAUUUAUAUUUUUUUUUUCGCUUUAUGAACGUCGGCGAUGCCUACGCCGGUGGUUAUUGCGAUACAAUGCCUGACGGUGGAGGCCGCAAAGGCGCUCCACGACGCCGUAUCGGUGGCUCGGCGGCGCGGCCACGCCCAGACUACUUCACUGCACGCCGUCUCUGCUAUGCUUUCCCAGGCAUCCUCUACCCUGCGCGACGCAUGCACACGCGCCCGAAGCGCCGUCUACUGGACGCGCCUCCAAUACAGAGCCCUCGAACUUUCCCUCAGUGUGUCACUCGACCGUGUGCCGUCAGAUUCUUGCGUCGGCGAUGAUCCUCCGGUGUCGAACUCGCUCAUGGCCGCCAUCAAGCGGUCGCAAGCUGAGCAGCGCCGCAAGCCCGAGAACUUGCACCUCCAGCAGCCUUGUUGCGUUAAGGUGGAUCUGCGGCACCUGACCCUGUCCAUCCUCGACGACCCCGUCGUGAGUCGCGUCUUCGCCGAAGCGGGUUUUCGGAGCUCUGAGAUCAAACUCGCUAUCCAUCGUCCCCAUACUAGCCUCAUGCACCAACAACUUCCGCUUCGCCGGAGCUUCCCCUUCCCUUUCUCCGGCGAGGACAACAACGAUCAUCGGAGGAUCGCGGAGGUGCUAUCCCGGAAGGCAGGCAGAAAUCCCUUGCUUCUGGGUGCAUAUGCACGUGAUGCGCUGUGGAGCUUCGCGGAAGCAGUGGAGAGGCAAAACAGCGGCGUUUUACGGGAGUUGUGCAGUUUGCGCGUGACGCGCAUUGGAAGAGAGGUUAUGGAGUUUGUUAGCGGGAGCUGCGGGGAAGAGAGUGUGCGUCGGAGGUUUGAAGAGAUUGGUGAUAUGGUGGAGCAGCGCGUGGGGAAGGGUAUUGUGGUGGAUGUGGGAGAUUUGGAGGAUAUGGUGAACGAGAAAAAUGGUUGGGGUGAGAGUGAGACAGUUAAGUAUGUUGUUGUAGGGCUAGGAAAGUUGUUGGAAGUUAGUUAUGGAAGGUUAUGGCUCAUUGCUGCUGCUACAAAUUAUGAAAGCUUUAUCAAAUUCGUUGGAAGGUUUCCUUCUAUAGAGAAGGAUUGGGACUUGCAGCUUUUGCCAAUUUUCUCUCUUCGUUCUUCAUUCUCUGCUCAAUCAUAUCACACUCGCAGGUGUGAACCGAGUACUCUCGCUGCUUCAACUGUUGAUCUUUGCUUGCCUAACUUACCUCCACGAUUGCACAUUUCAGAAUUAGGAUCAGCAAAAGGAUUAAAUCUUAAGAUAGAAGAUGAUGGUGUCGUGUGGAAUAGUAGUGAAUCUGCAACGCAUAAGAACUUGGACAAGAGGUGCCAGAAUCUGCAUGAAAUAUUCCCUGAUGCAAAUAACACUCCAACAGUUAUGGCGUUCCAAUAUUGUGACAAUAAAGAAAAAGAUGCUAGCAACACCAGCAACAGACUUACACUCACAUCAAGUAAGUACAUCAAUAUCAACUCAGAAGUGCCUGUUGGUAAGCAAACGAUUUCCACAUCACAAUCACGCAGUUUUUUUCCUUUGGAUUUCAAUGCAGGGCAUGAGAAGUAUACUCCAAAACUUUCACAGAAGUUCCAGAAAGUGGAACGUUUGGAUUCAAGUGAUCUAGGAUCAUGCAACAUGUACACUUCCAUUGUUUGUGAUUUGGGAUUAGGAAUGUGCUCCUCUCCUUCCAGUGAUAAAUCUAACAAACCUUCCAGUCAAUUUACAAUUGAACCUCCAAAGGAAAUCUCAAGUUUAUUUUCUUCAGAAGUUAAUGUUGCUGGUGGAAAUAUCUUGAAGCCUCCAUCCCAGCCACCAACCUUAAGUUUUGACUUUUGUAGAAAGGUUGAUCCAAGGAAUCCCAAAAUUCUUUACGAUGUCCUUACUCAGGAGGUUAGCUGGCAAGAUGAAGCCAUUAGUGUCAUCAGCAAAACAAUAGCUGGCAGCCAUACAAAAAAGGUUGGUGCAAAUCAUAGGGGUGACGUGUGGAUGAAUUUUGUUGGACCAGAUAGGAAUGGUAAAAAGAAAAUUGCUGUUACUCUGGCUGAGUUCUUGUAUGGAAGCCGGGAUAGAUAUAUUUUUGUGGAUCUAAGUUCUAAAGAAAUGAAAGGAUGCAAUGUGAAAUUCAGAGGAAAGACUACUCUUGAUUUAAUUGUAGGUGAAUAUUGCAAGAACCCCUUCUCUGUGGUCUUUCUCGAAAAUGCAGACGAGGCUGAUGUGUUAGUUCAAAAUGGUUUGUCUCAAGCCAUGAAAACAGGAAAGCUAACUGACUCACGUGGAAGAGAAGUGGGUGUAAACAAUGCAAUAUUUGUGACUUCUUUCACUGGUCACCAAACAAGGGAACCGUCCAACUGUUCCGAGAGAAUACCAAAGGUAAAAGGGAGGGCUAUAAAAAUAUCAGUUGAACAUGUGAGUGGAGACAUCAAAAGCCAAAGUGUUAGUGUUUGUGAUGGUUCAAUAGAUAACAUUCCCAAUCCAGUUUUAGCAAAUAAACGAAAUUUCAUUAGCUACAAUGAGUUUCAAGAUCAGCACUUAAUCUCAGACAAGGCUAAAAGAGUACACACAGCACCAAAUUUGCAUUUAGAUUUGAAUCUUCCAGCAGAAGAGAAUGAAUCUCAAGUUCAACAUAUGAAUGAUGUGAACUUGGAACAUGCAUCAACUGAGAUCCAAAACCUUUGGUUGCAAGAUUUGUAUAAACUGGUUGAUGAAACAGUUAUUUUCAAACCUUUUAAUUUUGAUGCACUUGCGGAUAGAGUGGUGAAUGUGAUACAAGUAGCCUUACAGAUAGAAUCUGAAGUCAUGGACCAAUUGCUUGCAGCUGCAUAUGCCUCAGAUGGACACAAGGACAUAGAGAAUUGGGCAGAACAAGUUCUCUGUGGGGGAUUUACAGAAGCACAUAGAAGGUACAACCUUACUGAUUGUUUUACGGUUAAGCUUGCUACAUAUUCGCAUCAAGAAUCAAAUGUGUACCUUCCUCCUAGUAUAAUAAUUGAUUAAAUUUCUUAGAAAAUGUUCUUCCAAUUUGGAUGUAUAACUUAGCUGUAGCACAUAAUUGAACUUAAUCUAGCUAAUGCAGAUAUGAUUA